CACAAACACCCCCGUCGUCGUCGGGUCAAACCAAGCCCGCUCCUCCACGAUACCACCGCGCACGCCGCCGACGCACGCUGCGCCCGCACGGCGCGUGCAUGGGCGACCCGGCGCCGCCGGCGUGGAUGGCGGCCGCGGCCCGCAAGUGGCUCGAGGACGCCGGCGCCAUCGGGAAGGACGCCGCAGGCGGCGGCGGCGGCCGCAGGGCGUUCAACGCUCUGCCGCUGUCCGGCGUGCGCGUGGCCCUCGCCGAGCGCGGCCGCGCCCUCUGCUCGCUCCGCGUGCCCGCCCACCUCACCGACGCGGAGGGGAACUGGCACGCGGGGGCGAUCGCUGCGGCGAUGGACGACGUCUGCGCGGCGGCGAUCAUGUCGGUGGAGGGCAUCAUCAAGGUCUCCGUCCACUACGACAUCUCCUACUUCGCACCGGCCAAGCACCAUGAUGAAGUGGAGAUGGAUGGGAGGGUGGUGGACCGGAAAGGGAGGAUGACGGCGGUGACGACCGAGGUUCGUAAGAAGGAGACUGGCGAGCUAGUGGCGAUUGGACGGCAGUGGAUGACCACUUCCAGACCAAAGGGGUCUCAAGGAAGCAAGCUAUGAUAAGCUUGUUGUGCUGUAUUCAGGGGCAUUCAUAAUUGGUCUCUUUACACCAUCCUAAAUCGGCUAGAAGUUCGUAAGUCAUUUUUUUUUCAAAACUAACCAAUUACCUGCAUUGGUCAUUAAUUCAUUAUGGUAGCGCUUGUUGUAUGUUUGGAAUAUGCUGAUUUUGACGGGCUCUUUCACAACCUUUGAUGAACACCCUUAGCCGUGUUCAA